GGAGGAGGAGGAGGAGGAGGAUGGUCCUGCUGUCAAACACAGAUGAACGACAGCAGCAGGUUUCAGUAGGACUCCUCCGUUUGAUAACCGCAGUCACUCCUCGGCGGCGGCGGCAGCGGCGGCGGACGAACCGGGAACCUUCAUCCGUUAAAUCCGGUCCAAACUCCGGAAGAGCCGCCGAGCGCGGAGCGGUGAUGCAGCACAGACACACACCGAGCCCGCAAACUUCAGACUGGAUUUACUAUACCACCACUGCUCUUCCUCCUCCUCCUCCUCCUCCUCCUCCUACUGCUGCUUCUGCUGUCUACAGUUUAUUAUUUAUAAUAAUCAUAAUAAAAAGAACAAUUAUGGAUUAAUUAGUGAGGAGCUUCAUUACAGCAACAGAUGGGGAAAUGUUAAAGAGCUGAGGCUGCACAGCUUCUCUGUGGAUCUGACUUAUAACUUCCUGUCAGCUGGACAUACAAAUACUGCUUCCACCCCGUCACACAUCCUGAAGCCAGCAUGCCCAUCAUCAGUAAUGCCAACCACGACUUCAGCACCUACUCCAUCAGCAGUGAUGACAGCAGCCUCGACCGCUUCUUCACCGAGAUCCCGGAGACUGAAACCAUCAAGGGCGUUUACUUCCAGCGCGCCCAGCUGCUCCGCGACCGCAAGGCCUCGUAUGUGGUCGACCACACCCUGCAGGUCCUCAUCAACGUCGGGGGAAACCGCUACACCUUCCCCUGGAGCACCUUGGAGCAGUUCCCCCAGAGUCGUCUGGGACGCCUCCGCUUCUGCACCACGCCCGAGGAGAUCGCACGGCUCUGCGACGACUACGACGAGACGUGCCAGGAGUACUUCUUCGACCGAAACCCGACAGCCUUCAGGGUCAUCCUCAACUUCCUGGCUGCAGGCAAACUGCGUCUGCUUCGGGAACUGUGCGCCGUGUCGCUGCACGAUGAGCUCGACUACUGGGGCGUGGACCCGGGCCACAUGGAGCGCUGUUGCCGUCGCCGUAUGAUCACCCGUGUAGAGGAGGUGGCUGAGCGAGAGCGCAAGGAAGAGGAGUGGAGGCAGAAGAGGGUGAUACUGAAGAAAAGCACCACGCAUACCGAAAAGGGCUAUCGUCGAGUUAUCUGGAUGCUGCGAGAAGUGGUGGAAAACCCUCAGUCGGGGUUGGCUGGGAAGAUUUUUGCCUGCCUCUCUGUCGUCAUGGUUCUGGUCACCGUCAUCAGCCUGUGCAUCAGCACCAUGCCCGACCUCAGAGACGAAGAGACCAGGGGCGAGUGCUCCCAGAAGUGUCGCAAUAUGUUUGUGGUGGAGUCGAUCUGCGUGGCGUGGUUCACUUUGGAGUUCGUGCUGCGAUUCUUCAACGCUCAGAGCAAGCUGGCCUUCGCUCGCGGUCCACUCAACAUCAUCGACGCCAUCGCCAUCCUUCCGUACUACGUGUCCCUGGUGGUCGACGUCAGAGAUGAGUCGCAGGAGGACGUCAUCAUGGGUGCCGGCAGAGGCUACCUGGACAAGCUGAGUCUGAUCCUGCGCCUCCUGCGGGCGCUGAGGAUCCUGUACGUGAUGCGGUUGGCUCGCCACUCUCUAGGGCUGCAGACUUUAGGACUGACGAUGCAGCGCAGCAUUAGGGAGUUCGGCCUGCUGCUGCUGUUCGUCUGCGUGGCCGUGGCCCUCUUCUCGCCUCUGGUCCACCUAGCGGAGAGUGAACUGGCGCCGUUUGCCGCCACGCACCCCCAACACAGCUUCAGCAGCAUCCCGGCCUCCUACUGGUGGGCCAUCAUCUCCAUGACGACGGUGGGCUACGGCGACAUGGUGCCGCGCAGCAUCCCCGGACAGAUAGUGGCGCUGACCAGCAUCCUGAGCGGCAUCCUCAUCAUGGCGUUCCCCGCCACGUCCAUCUUCCACACCUUCUCCCGCUCCUACCAGGAGCUGAAGCAGGAGUACGAGCGGCUGUGGAAGGAAGAGAGAGGCGAGGAAAUCGCUGCAGAGUCGGAGGAGAGUUGGUCCAAAGUCGAGUUGUCACCAGAUGAGCUCACGUCCGCGUCCAAGGACGAUAACGACGGCCUGUCGCCACGCAGGAGUCAUCAGUCCACACUUCCAUCUACAGCUUUCUGAGCGGGAAGAGAGCAGCCAGACACUUUUAUUCAGUAAUUAUGUGUUAAAAAUGGUGACAACAUACUCGACCCUAUAUAAGCACAUUUAGACUGUUAUAUUGUGGAUUACACUUCCUGUUCUGGAUUCAUGCUUUAACCCUUAAAGGACCAGUGUGUGGGAUUUAGUGACAUCUAGUGGUGAAGCUGCAGAUUGCAACCAACUGAAUACUCCCCUGUAAUGAAGCUUUAGCUUUAGCUUAGCCUCGACUCCCAGGUUGGUAAUCUAGAGUCAGUGUUUGGUUCGUCUGUUCUGGGCUACAGUAGAAACAAUCUGUAGAUAAUAACUCAUUCUAAGGUAACAAAGACACAAUGAUUCUUAUAUUCAGGUGAUUAUACACUAAAUGUUACACACUGGACCUUUAAAGCUGACUCUAUCUUGUACCUAUCAGGUUAUAUUGAGCUCUUUUCACAUCAGCAAAUACAUUACCUGCAGCACUAAAUAAUAAACCUCUGCUUAAAGUGUGAAGACUUUCACAUGUAAAUUAACUUUUACUUUUGCCAAAAAAGUUCACACAAUGCUGAUUAAGCGUAUCACUGCCAGGUAAACCUGUUUAUCACAGAGCUCCGGUAAUGAAGGAGGAGACACAAGUUCCACACUGCAGGUUUAAAGCUUCAUUUCAUUCUCUUUGUGUAAGAAAAUAUAUAAAAUAUAUAAUCUUACUGCAAUUAUUCUCGCCAUAACCUCGGAUACUAGAAUUCACAUAACGUUAGCUGUUAGCCGUUGGCAUCUGUCCCUUUACAACCUCCAACGUUUUGAGUUUUCAUUUUACGUUUGUGUUUUAUUCAGAAACAAGAAGCUCGUAAGGUUUGCGUUAACGUUAUCACUGAUUCCCGCUAGACGUUCGUUUUUAUUCAUGUUAUUUUAACGGGAAAAUGAGGGGUAGUGUUAGAUCUUUCAUGGGUCCAGUUGUAGAGACGUAUUCUUGUAGACCAACGCAGAAGAUUUUGAAUUAUUGCUCUAAAGAAGCUUUGUGUCGAACAAACAAGAUAAUCUUUACAAAUGAACACAACUUUUAGCCACUUGUUAGCAACCGCCUAUUUUAAGACCCGUAAAAGAUACAAAAUCUACGUUUGAGGUAUUUACUGACACAUUUUAUGUAUUAUAUAUAUAUAUAUAUAUAUAAACUUGAAAAUCUCUUAAGCUUGUGUUAACCGCAGACAUUAUUUCAAGCAUCUAACCAAAAGCCUGUUGUGUUUGAGGAACGUGAACCGGAAGUUCAACAAUGCUAAUGUCUGUGUUGUAGGACUCAUUCCUCUUUAACCAGACAACAAACACUCCUGUAACCUUAAAACUUUACUCCGGGACAGGUUAAACUGUUUGUAAGUGAAGUAAUAAACUGUUCUUGUACCCGCAGACAGAUAUUACACACAUUAAAUAAUAGUACAGACAUCGUUAGUAGUACCGCACCCGCUGGAGAACAACAACAUUACUACUACAGAUGUCACUACAGAUAAAUUAAUAAAACUCAAAUUAUUUCUUUUUUGUGAUUUAAAUUUUGGCCAAGUCAAAACAAAUAUAAGGACAUAUACAAAUAUUAGUUUAAUUUCAAGACAAAACAAUUAUUUAUACGUUAAAACAAACGACUCAUAAAUGUGUUUUCACGUCACCGACUCUUAAAUUGUGGAUGUUGUAGUGUCUUUGUUGUUAUCAGAGGACAAUAAGUUCAACACUGUGAAAGAUUAAACAGCACAACUGUCUCAGUUUCCGAGGGAAUCGAUGUGUAAAAUGACGUUCAGCAGUUUGUGUGUUUAACUCUCCUUUAAUGUUUAAAUCCUUUUAAUGUUUAAAUCCUUUAAUGUGCAGAUUUCUGUCAUCCUGUAGCUCCUCUAGAGUCGCUGUUUGUUUAACUUCCAGUCAUUUUUAAAAUUAAAAUAAACUAUUUUA